AUGUCAGAUUAAGUUAAAGAAUUAAUUGAAGAGAUGAUUCCUAAUGUAAGAUAAUAUUCAAAAUAAUUUAGAUUAGAGAAGAAGUUAUUAAAGAGUUGAAACCUUAAUAUGAAGCUUAAUAUUUAGAAUAAUUGAAUUAAGCAAAACAUGAAAUUACAGGUUCAUAAUUUAUUAGUAAUUAAUUGGCAGAAAAACGAAGAGAGGUUAAACUUGAUAAAUAUAUAUUUUAGUUAGCCUAAUAGAUUAUGAAUUAAAUUGAAUAAGAAUUUGAAUAGGAAAAAUAAUCUCUUAUUCAUAAUGUUUCUGUAAGUUUAAGUAAAAGUAGAUCUAUGCAAGUGUUAGAAUAAUAGUAUCUUUUUAUCCUUAUUUUAAUAGACUAAGAUAAAAAAUAUAAAGAGAAUAUGCUGGAUAUGUAGAAGAGGAAGUUAGAAAGAAAACACAUUUAAUAAAAUUGAAUUGUUAAAAAACAUAUGAAGAAGAAAGAAUUGAAAUGAAAAAUUCAAUGACUAAUGAAUUUACUGAAAAAUUGUAAAUACAUUUAGAACAGCUAGAAUAAAGUAUUAUUCAUUUAUAGUACUAAAGCAAAAUCUUAAUUGACAGUUGACUAUUAGAAUUAAAGAGAAAAAUUACUAAGAAUUGAGUCAGAAACUAAAUAGUUUUAAUCAUAAAAAGAAAACUAGGAAAAUGUAUAUGGAUAAUAAAUUUAAGAAAUUCAUGAACAAAUCAAAUUACUUCAAGAUCAAUUAUCAUAAAUUAAGGCAUUAAAACAUUAAGUUCCAAAAACAAAGCCUUAAAAAAAAGAAGUAAUUUAACCAUAAUAAAAUGAUACAUAAUCUUAAUUAUCACCAUAUCAAUCAGCAAUUAAAAAUUAAUUACUUUAAGAAUGUUUAGUUUAUGAAGGAUUAAAUAUAGUUAAUUUUGAUGAAUUACCAGAUUUGUUUCAUUUAGAAAUUAAAUCAAAUAUAGUUGAAUAAAAGUAAUAAACUUAAAAUCUGAUACCAUAAUAUGAAUCAAAUCAUAUUUAAAAAUCAGAUCUUAUAUAAACUAUAAAUACUCAAAUUAAUACUCAUGAUAGUUAAAUAGUAUCAUUUAAUGUAUCAUAGCCUUCAAUUGUUAAAAAUACUAUUAAUUAAACUCAAAUAUAAAAUAAUACAACUUAAUCAAAAUAAUAGUUCUCAUAACAUUAAUAAAUUUAAAAGUAAUUAUUUAUUCAAUAAGAAAAAGAGAAUGAUCCUUCAAUUUAAGGAACUUCUAAUAAUUAAAAACGUUCUUCAGUAUCUCCUAAUGAAUAAAGAAACAGUUAAGAUGAUUAAACAAAAAAAUCUUAAUUUAUCAAUCAAUCAACAAUAAUAGAAAAAUUAGAAAGUCUUUGUAAAGAGAAAAUUAGAUAAUCUCAAAAUAACAAUAAUUAGAGAUAAUCAAAAAUUUAAUUACCCUCAGAUCAUUUUGAAGAACUUUUUUAGAUAGAUUCUAAAGAUAAUUAAACAAAUAGAAAUAUUAAACUAUUAAGACAGGAACUUUAGACUAAAUUUUUAGAAGAUAUUUAAUUAGAAGAUUAUUAUUUUUAAUAAAUUACUUUUUUUAAACUUAAUUUUAUUUAAUAGUUUCCAAAAAAUUAAUAAUCUCAAGUAACAGAAUAGAUUUAAGAAUUAAUUUCUAUUUGGAAUAAAGGACAUUUAUCUUUUUCUGAAAGAAUAGAUUAUAUUAAGAGAGUAAUCAACAGUUCAAAUUCAAUUUUAGAAUUAGGGUAGAUUUUGGAAGAAUGUUUAAUCUAUUAUUAAUAAAGUAUGUAUUUUUCAUUAAAAUUUAUAGAUGAAACAUUAAUAGAAAAACUUUAGUAAAGAUAAUCAUUUAGAUCAUAAAUUCUAAAAGAAAAUUAUUUAUGCUAAAAAAAUAAAAAAAUAUUUGUUGCAUUAAGAAGUUUAACUAAUGAAAUUAAAGGUUUACUAAAAUACAAAUUCUUUUGGAGAGAAGUUGAUGUUGAUUAGAUUAUAAUGAUUGAUUAAUUUGAGUAACAUCUCAUUGAAAGAGAGGAAAUGAAGGAAGAAAUAAAAAAGAAAGUCGAAAAAAAGUUUAAAUGA